UCUGUCGAUAACAACAUCUGUGAGCGAGAGGACAAACAUAUGUGAGCCGCGUCCUGUAUUUCUUCGAGAAAGAAUGUGGCUGCAGUUGAACAAAUAAAAGAAUCCUCAGUAGGAUUCACCAAAUUUCUGCUCUAAGAAAUCAACAAAAUUUACAUCCACAAUGGAGGAAGUCUUGGAACAGCUGAUUAAGGAUACUUCAUCUAAUAAGCACAGCCACAUCAAACAAGUAUGCCAGGAAGCCUCAGACUUGCUGGAGUCCCAGACUGGACUGUUGCGAUCACCGCCUCAUGAACUGAGAGAAAUAUGCCUGAAAGCAUUGCAGCUCGCCUUAGAAACUAGAAUAUCGAAGCUAGUUGCUCUGGCUACGUCAGGAUUCUAUAAGCUGCUACGUGAUACACAAUUUCACAGUGGUUAUGAAGAGGAUGAUGAGACCACUUGGUUACCGUCACAGUUAUUGGCAGCUGUUCAGAGUUUGCCGCUUCAUACAGAAGACGUACAGGUGGAAUUGCUGAAGGUGCUGCUGAAUAUGAGCUGUGUUCCUGGCAUUAUUCUGUCUGGCCAGAUAGUCACACAAGUAGUUGGAGUGUGUGGCUUGGCAUAUGGCAGAGGAGGUGCUCCCCUGAGAACUGCCGCUCAGUCUGCUGCAUCCCAAGCAAUAUCCCAUCUGGUUAAGCAGCUUCGAGAAGAAAGCUGCGAGCAGGAGAAUAUUCUGCAAAAGAAACUUGGAAAGGAUGUGGAAGAAAAGAAUGGGGAGGAUGAGAAUGAGGAGGAAGAGUCGGAAUACAUAGCCCCUGCUUAUGAUGAGAUUGUACCUGUCAUAAAUCUCAUUGCUGAGAAACUAGUUGAAGCAAAUAAGAAUCAAGAAGAUAAAAAAGGCCCAGAAAUUCCAGCGCUAUUUCUUCUUGAAUGUGCGAACACCUUACUGAGUCGAUUGUCUCCGCCAGAAACCUUGACUUCCGUCGAAAGAUCCACAUCAACAACUCACCCAGUUUCAUCAGCACUGAGAGCUCCCCCAGCAUAUUGCUCGACUCUUCUUAUUGGCGUGCUCUGGCAAAGGCUUUGUCCUGCACUUGUGGCAUUGCUAGGGUCUCCUGUGUCACAGCGCUUGGCCCGUGCCUCAGGAAGGACUGAGGGACAGAUGGGUCGUGGAUCAGGUUGUUUAGCUCAUCCUGGUCCAUUGUUUAAUAAUCAUCAAGCAAGAGCUAUAUAUAGUGUUGCCUGUGGUCUUGUGGUAACAAUGGGUAGCAUUGGAGAAAUGAGGCCUGUGCUAGAAAGUGUUUUUCAUAGAAUGUUGUUGUAUCCACCUCCACAAUGCCGAUUAGAUGCAUUGAAAGCUAUUGCUGAGUUACUAAACAGUCCUGCAAAGCUGGUGCAACUAGCUGGACCCAUCCUGCAUAUGGAUCCCAGGAAUCCUCAUCAGAAUGACUUGGCUCUGUUUAGACUAGUAAUGGACAGUCUUGCCGAAUGUGGGAACUGUAACAAUGCUGGUGUACAACGUGCAGUGGUGGACUGUGUAUCCACUCUUCUUUCAUCCUUGGAGAAGUUGUCUCUUGGCACUGCACUCUCUGAGCAACAUGUAGAAGUCAUUAACAGCACAUAUGCACGGAUAGAAGAUGGGGAUUAUUCAGGUCCUUUAACAUAUGAAAACAAGAGCAAGCUCCCCAAAUACGAAACAUUUGAAAAUCUCAAGCCCUCUUCAGAAUCUGUCACAUCAGAUUCUCUCUCCCAACAAAUUGACGAUGUUGAUGAAGAAGAAACCUCUGUUGAGAAUGCCGAAGAGAAAGGAAAUGAGGAGGCAAUAACUGGCACAGAACAAGAAGAAGGAAGUAGAAGUGACAAAGAAAGUAAAGAAGAAUUGGGUGAUCCAGAUGGGAAAGAAAAAUCCACUAAAAAGCAGCGGUCUCGUGUCAAGAAGAGUUCCAGCAUUGAGGGUGAAGACUCAGACGAAUCUGGUGACACAGAAGGUCCUGAGUUCGAUGACGAUGACCAAGGGAGGGAAGAGCUUGAACAGUACUCGGAAGAAGCUGAACAGCAGCGUGAAGAACAAGAGGCUCUGAGACUCCACCGUUUGAAUGAGACGUUACAGUCUGUGACAAACCUUCGACAUGUUGUGGAUGAGGAAGCGGAGAGGGAGUGCGAAAAUGCUCGUCACUUCACUACUACUCUCUGUGCCCUCUUACCUUCCCUACUGGCUGUUCGUAGUACCAUUGAGGUGGAUGAAGCCAUGCUGGAGUUCUCGGCAAAAUAUUGUGAAGGAGUUUUUAGCUUAACUAGUACAGAGCAUGGGCAGCACAUAAUCAUAAACGCUGAUGGAAUCUACUUAGCAACAUAUUCAGUUCUCUCUCUGAACCUGAAGCUGAUCAGAGGUGGAAAUUAUUGUGAUCCUAAUCUGCCACUUCCAAUGACCCAGGAACAGUUCAUAGAUCAAGUGCAUGGCAGUGGUGUUCUGGUGUAUCUCUCCUCCGCCUGGCUAGGGGAAGUUUAUCGCCAGGUGGUGAGGGACAGCUUCCUUCAGAGGGCUGGGUACUCUCCACACUCUCCUCACAAUUGUGCUCUUAUCAACUUACUAACAGAUCUGGAAAAUGGCAUGAGAUGGUACCUUAGGCAUGACGUUGAUCUAGAUGGACUUGGUAGCAGUGAGCAAAAGAGUCAGCUGUUGUCAGAUCAUAGACGGCUGGAAAAAGCUGCAGCCAACAUUACACACACACCACAGGUCCUGGCAGGGAUGAAGCUGUGCCGUCGUAUUGUAACAUGUUGCUGGGAGAGUGUUGUGGGUGUCUUAGGAGCAGUCCUGGGAGGUGUGGGUGGAGGAGGACUCACUGGUCCUUUGCGUCAUCUUUUGGGAGGAGAAGGAGCAAGAGAAGAGUCAAGGAGAGCACAAGACCUCUUAGCACAAUGUCUAAAUGCUCUGCAGUCAGCUGCUAGAUUGGCUAAUAUAUUGGGACUCCAGAGUCGAUGUGGUGUGGUGUUUUCCCUUCUAUCAUCAGCCUGUCUGCCUAAUGAUGAACGCAAUCCAGUUAGCACACCCAAGCGUCAUAGCCUAAGAUCGCCAGCAUUUUCUAAGAAGAUUCAGCGGCUCCAUACAGCACAUUUACUUUCCUUACAUGUGAUGAUGUCAUCAGGUUUAGAGCUUGGUUCUCAUGCAUCUGAUUGUUGGACACACAUUUUUAAAUGCUGUGUAUAUCUGUCAGAACUUGAGCACCAGUUCUUCAGCCACACAAGUGGGUACCAGUCAUUCCCUCCCAGAUUUGCUCCACCAUCAAUGAACAGUGAGAAAUCAGGACACUCUGCCUCUGAUGACAUUUUUAGUGAGGAUCCAUACCAGUAUAUUGUGCCUAUGUCACCCCUGGCCCCAAGCAUGAAUGUGGAAGAACUGAUUCGAGAAAGUCAGAGUGAUAUAAGUAACACUGGCUUUCUCUCACCACAAGACACUGGUAAAGCAAUAUGUGCUCUCACACAAAUGGUUGACAGGCUGUUUGAUGAUGCUUCGACCAAGCUAAACAUGGGUCAUGCAGAGUUGUGUGCUGCAUCUCAGGCACAGCUUUUCUCCCGGAUGACUCCUCAGACACCUAAAAAGGGCCUUAUGAAGUGGCCGAGAAAGACUAUGGGAGGUACAGGAGCAGAGCUGGGCAAAGGCAAGGGGGGAGAUAUACUCCUGCUUCACCGACUUGCCGAGGUCAUGCUUCGUGCAGUCCGAUCUGGCCGUCCACUUCUCCAUAUCAUGCGAGCUUGGGCCGUUGCUGGUCCCCACUUUAUGGAGGCAGCUUGUCAUAAGGAUGGGGCAGUUAGUAAAAGGGCAGUCAGUUCUAUACAUGACAUAGUAAAUGCCAUAUUGAGCAACCAGACAGAGCUUCCUCAUUUUCACUUCAAUGAGGCAUUAUUCAAGCCAUUUGAAAACCUCUUGUGUUUAGAACUUUGUGAUGCUGAUAUACAAGACCAGAUUAUAAGCAGUAUUUGUGAGUUUGUUGAAAGCUGCACUCCAGAGAUAAGGUCAGGUUGGAGGCCAUUGUUUGGUGCCCUGCGUUGUGUUCGACCCCCAAGUGCCCUGCCUUCACCUUCAGUGCCAGGAGGUCUGCCUGGAGUCAACAACACAUGCGAUAGUAUGGGACACCUGCAUGUUGUGCGAGAUGUGUUUGAAGCAUUUUUGGCAACAGAUAAUGUUCUGGUAUUUGCAAAUGCUGCUCUGGAUUGUGUUCUAUGCCUCCUGAAGCAUGUAAAAGGUUCAGGUGAAGAGGAGAGCACUGAUGAAACUGUGGUUGGAUGGGACGAACUUGUGGGAGGUGACUUGUGCCUUGAUGCCCUCCGCUACCUGCAUCGGUGUGCUGCUAUUCUUGCCUCCAUGUACCAGAUGCCAGCAUGUCCUGUCUUCCAUGCUGCUCACAGGAUCACAGUGAAUAUGCCACCGCAGCUUGUAGACCCACAUCUGCCCAACAUAGAUGAAAAUCUACUUGGAUCAUUGCUUAAUGAAAUAGCUUGCAUGGAAGUGAAAAAGGUUUCCUAUCAAGCACUGUGGCCUUCUGCAAGUAAUCAAGAAGUGACCCUGAUGAUGCUGGACCAUAGCAGUGGGAUCCUACAGGUGUGGUACCUGCUCCUUGAAGGAUUGGCAGGAGCUACCAUGACCUGCCCUAGACGGUACCAGCCCCAGGCGCUUGACACACUUUUCACCCUCUUGCGUAGUUUACCAGAUUGUCCUGGCCCUAUGUUUGGGAUGUAUUGUGUGAACCACUUGUUGUUGCCACUGAUGCAGGGAUGGCUAAGGAGAUCGUAUACUCUUCCAUCCAACAGUUGGGAUUUUACUGCAUCAUUCAAACAGUACACUGGAUUAACAUCGGACCUUGUUGUGGAGUACCUCUCAAAAUUAGCUAACAAAGGUGUUUUGUCGGAGACUCCUGGAGCUUUGUUAAUGCUACAGCAAUGUUUGCUGGUGCUUGUGGAGUGCAUUACUCAUCCCAGUGAAACAAUAUCAAGACUAGGAUGUGCAUGUAUUAGACAUGUGAUCAGCAGUUGUGGUGAACAUUUACCUCCAGAAUACUGGGAUGUUGUGGUCUGUGGCUUGCACCGUUCUUGCAUGGUCUCACUGUAUCCCCUGUACCAGCUGAUGAAUCUCUUUCAUCCCGAAUCUCCCAAUUUCUAUGGCGAUGUGGGCCAAGUGAAGGUAGCGGCUCGAAGAGACUGCACUGGGAAAGACAGUGAUCGUCUGAGACAGCUCUCUCACCAGGUAUUCUUAUUAGAUACACAGAGAAGUAAUAUAUCUGCUGCAGUGGAUAACCCAGAUGCUGAGGAUCGCUCAUUCAUAUUCCUGCUGUACCCUGAAGAUCAUGGACAUGCUAAUGUUUUGCACAGCUGUAGUUUUGAGGCAAAUGAUGAAGAGGAACCAGUUCGAGUACCCUUUAGAACUUUGAUUGUUGGCCUCCUUGCGCAUCAAAUUCUCCUACAGACACUAGGAUCUUUCUUGGUUCAGGGUUCUCCUCAUAUUAUACCAAGUUUGGCAAAUGUAAUCUUGCAAGGCAUGGGGUUCUCAAAGACAGAGAGUGAAGAUGGAAGGGUUGCUGAGAGUGAAGGAAAGGUUCCAGGAUUUCUUCGUUUUAUGAGACCAGAUCAUAUACAAAUUUUGAUGGAUGCUCUUCAGCAGUCCUAUACUGCAGCUGUUGAAUUUGAUCGUCGUCCUGGGCUUAAAUUUUUGAUCCAGAAAGUUGCACAAGCUGAGAGAGCAGCAAAUUUGUACAAGCAGGCAGGAGCCAGCUGGACACUUCGGAUGGUGACACUCUUUGACCUAACACUUUCCCAGGUGAAACAUGGUUUAGGAUUAAAUGAAGUUAAGGAAGUUCUCGAAAAAGAUGUUAGAGCAAAGAACACACUCAAGAGACAAGAUGACAAAGAGGAAGAAACCGAAGGAUCUCAGGCUAACAAAGUAUUACAAAGACCAACACAACUGUUGAAAAAUGAUACAAUUCAGUAUAUUCAGAUGUUAAGAGCUUCAUUCACAGAACUUUGUGAGGUCUAUUUAGAUCUGGUCAUCGACAAAGAUGGACAUUACUCGGCAGUUGACAAAAUAAAUGACCAGCCGAUAUUCUUCCUCACAGUGCAGCCAGAUGAGUUUCCUACAGGUCACCGUAAGAGUCUAGCACAGUGGACUAAAAGCUUGGAAGAAUUUAAUAAGCAGUAUAUCAAGGGAAAAACAAAGGACUCGGAGGUGAAUGAAGAAGACAAGGAACCAAUUGCAGGAACCAUGACAAUUGGUGCUGGCCCUAAUAGCACAUCCUUGCCAGGGAACCAUCCCAAAAAGGCACAGGAGCAAAAUGAAGUCCGUCCCUUUACUCUGGCAGACUUCGCUCGAGAAUAUUCUUCCGAUUCUGAGGAUUCCGAGUCGCCAGAAUUUGCAGAAACAAUUGACUCUGGUGUUGCAAGUUUGGCAGAUGGGCAUCAGAGCAUAUACAGAGUGGCCACCGAGCGGGACAUAGCCACUUUGAUGACAGAUUAUAGGAGACGAAAGAAUCAACAUUCACUUCCUUCCAUGCAUAGAGAGAAGAGAUCAAAUCCCUUUUUGGAAAGAAAACCAAGCAGGCCGGCUGAUCCUGUGCCACAGGAAAUCGAGGAGCAAAGAACUAAUAGUCUAAUGAAGGACAGUGAAGCUCACCUGAAAGUGUGGACAGAGAUGGUUGUGACUGUGUUUGACCUCAUCAGUCAGCUGAGUGAUUCUGAGCUGCGUCCACUGUUGCCUCUCCUGUUCCCAACUGUGCGAUCCCUAACGGCACAUGCACAUGACCCCCACCUGCGGCAGGUGGUUGCAGAGCUCCUGACCAGAGUUGCAAAUUUGUAUGGUUUUAGUCCAGCAGAGUGAUGUAUAUCUAUAUCUCAGAUGAAAUACAACAAAAAAUAAUUUUAAUGAUAACAAAAUGGUACUGUUUCCUGACAUAGUAAAGUGUCAUAUUUCAGUGUUCUAAAAUAUAUGGUACUAAAUAAAGUGUGAAUAUCAAAUUUAUUUUGUCACAUAGCUUUAUGGCUUUCUUGAGAAUGCGGUUUUAUCUUAUUCUCCUGUGAUUGGUGUUUAAUUUAUUAUUUUAUUUUUUGAGAAAUGUUUUAAUCAUUAAUAUCAUGAUUAUGCAAAACAGUCCUGUUUAUCAGAUUUAGUGUGGACCUUUUAGUUGUGAUUAAUGUCAGUCAUUUUGAAUUGUACCUGCUUCACACACAAAGUAAAUAUAUAUAUAUUCUUUCUCUCUUUAUUUCCUUUUUUCUUUCCUUUUCUUUUUGUUAUAAAAAAAUAAUGAACUCUUGUUUAUACAAUUUUUAAAUAUUUAUUAUAGCUGAUAUUUUAUGAAGAAGGAGACUAUCAAUAUGAAUUUUGUAUGAUUGAAAGAAGCUGGAAGUUUAUCCUGCAUAUGCUAAUUAUUUAUAUUUCACAAAAUGUUUACCAGGUGAUAAUGAAUGUUGUGAUAUUUAAUAGAACUUUGCAUAUAGCUAUAUGCUAAUUGUUAUUAAAUCAACAUUAGUCUACGUGAUGGACAUAACACUCCACCAUGUUGAUACAAUGGCAGAAUGACUCACUAAAUCUAUUUUGUGUAAUGUGAUUUUUCUGCCAUUAAUCUGAAUGUGAAAAGAAUGAGGCAGUAGUAAAAUUAGGGCAUUACUA